GACGCGGUUGCUACGCUGUAGCCGCGCCCGCUACGAGGCUACGACACGCGCGCUUCAAUGGACACGUGUGUAGACACUACUUAAAAUAAUUUAUAAUAGACAAAAGUAAAUUUUGAAAAUAUUAUUUUGUUAGUGUAUAGAGUAGUAUUCGCAUAAGUAUAUAAUUAGGUUGGUUGUGCAUUUUUAGUUGGAUAAAGAUCUCUGAAACAUUUAUAUUAUAAUUUGACAAUCUAGUAAUAUAAAACAGUGCAAUAGAACAGUGCACAAAAUCACAAUGUAUUCUCCGAUGUGGUUCCUGACGUUAGUGAGUCUUCUGAUGAUGGAUUUUAGAACUGGAGCAAUUCAACAAAAAGAUGAACCGCGGCGUUGCUAUUUGUGUGUUGCCAGCAACACAACUUCCUGCGACCAGCCGAGCAGCGUGACUACUGUCGAGUGCGCCGGACCCUGCGCCACAGUCGCCGUCGCGCCCAACUUCACCUCGUCGCUGCAGUGCGCCGCCGCGGCCGCGCGCGCCCCCUGCUCGCUAAACUAUUCAGGAGCGCUCCAGCUGACCUGCCUCUGCGACGGGCACCUCUGCAACGCCCCCCUGCCGACCCAACUAACAAACGACCUACUAAAUUUCUCCGCCAACCUCCCCAACAAAACUGCUGACCUCACGCAAACUUUCUUCGAAAUUUACUCCUCUGCUAACCUCACCGACGAACUUUUUAAACCUACUACUAAGACGCCUUUGAAUAUCACUGCAGUUACUACAGUCAGUACAACUACUGUUACUGCUAAGACGACUGUAGGACAUAAUGAGAACGAGAUGGCUCCUCGAGCUGAACCACUAAAGCAAGCUACGGCCCCGUCUGAUGAUGAUGAGGAUGAAAGUGAAGGCAGCGGUGCGUACGAGGAGACGCGUUCCCAGAGACACCCGGCCUCCGCACCCGCUGCACCAAGCUCUUUCCUUCCUGCAAAUGAAAACAAAUCACCGCCUCUUUUCACACAUCUAUUCUUAACAACACCUUUUAUCAUGUACGUCAUAGUGUAGAUAUCCCAAUAGACAAUUUUAGAUAAACAUAUAAUUAAGUAUCUACAAUAAAAUACAAUGUUAAAACAUAAAGUAAGUACCCCAGAGAAUUUAAACUAAUGGUAGUGUUUACCUAUCGGGAACAAAUAACAACUUUUGUAAUUCUAUUAAACUUAGGUAUCAUUAGUGUUUUCCAAAUCUAUGUAAAACAUAGUUGUAUAGAAAGUCUUACAGAAAGUUUAAUUAAAGUGAACUGAGAUAAAUCCAAUAAAUUAAAUUAUGUAGGUAAACUUUCUUUUUUGAAGUAUUAUUUUAGAUUUAGCAAUACCAAAAAAUAAUGUGACGUGAGCGAGCAUAUGACUGCAUCUCGUUAUUUUCGUGCACAAAGAUGUUUCAUAAUCACAGAAAUGUGUCGGCAGGUGGCAUUGUACAAUAUUCACACAAUGCCGGCUAGAGGAUCAGCGUCACGUGUGGAAAUGGAAAGACGCCUUUUGCUUUGUGUCCGCCGCGCCAACACAAACGUUCCCACAUCAUAAAUGUACCGAGCGCUUCGGGUUAAGGCUACAUCUCGUCUCGGUGAAAGACAGGGAUUUGGACUGACGUACAAUGGUUCUUAGGCUGCGGUCACGAAAUAAGCGAAGGCAGAGACACGAUGGGGCGGAGAGUGUCAGAUAGAGCCCAGCCCCAUUGCUUUUUCCAUUUCCUUUCGCUACAUUGACUUGAGCUUCGUCGAUUGAUAACGCAGAACAAUGUUGUAACACGUCAAUAUCAAGACCUAUAUAAAACAACGGAAUACAUCGGAGCGUCAACACGUUGCGUCGGACAACGGAGCAAUGGGGUCGGGCUCUUACCGUACGUUUCGUAGCAAUACUUUUAGUGUAGAAGACUGCGUUGAAUCGUCGAUCUUCUCCUUAUAGUCGCAUUCCUCGCAUGGCCAUUAUAUGGAAUGUAACACACACAUCGACUUUCUGGGCAAUAUUUCUUGAGUCGUUUGCUAUUGUCUUCUCCAUAUCACACACUGCUAAUAAAUAUCAACCAGAGUGUAAUUUGAAAUAGACCGGUCACCGUUCAGUUCAGUAAAAUUUUUGCAUCUUUUCAACAUAGAUGAGCUUAACUUCAGACGAUUGCACGGAUUGUGAUAAUAAUACCUACGUGCCAAAUGAGACGUUGUAAAUAUAUGUUUCCUCAAUUGCGUAAUGUUAUUACCUAUAUUAUAAAGUAGGUAGGUGAAACACAUGAUAAAACCCUGAAUUGAAGUUAGUAAUUAUAUUCUAAAUCUUUGGUAAGUAGGUAAAGGUAUGACUGUUACGAAAACUUAUUCUGUAUGAGUUGAAAAGACCAACUAAAAUUUUUCAUUAUAAAAUUCAUUCUUAACGACUGCACAUUUGUUUCAUGAGAAAAAGCACAUAAGAAUAUAUAUUAUUAUUUUAUAUUGCACUAGUAGCUAGGCACCUGUAGAUAGAUACAUUUUUAAAGUAAUGCUCAAACCUUCUGCAUCAAAUUGUAGUGUAGUACGUAGCAUAAUGUGGCGUAAGUAAUAUUAUUGUAAUAAAGUAUUAAUAAAGAGUCCCAUUUUCACAUGACGACCCUGCCGGGAUAAAAUAGAAGUUCUAUGUAUACAUAUGGUUUUGCUACAUAUUACACUACAAAUUAAGUAUUUUUAAAAUAAAAUAAAAUACGUAGAACGUCAACAGAAUUAGUUUGAAUUCACUCGUAGGUAUUUCUAGUAGACAUAUAGUCAAUUAUGUACGUAAUUCUGAGUGUGGAGAUGGAUUCAUUGUUUGGAGGGAAUGUUGUUGUGAUCAUCAAUUAAAUAUAUU